CUCAGAUUCCACUGUCAAAUUUAAACUUUAUUGAACCAUGGCUACCGGAAGCCUACUAAGUUAUUUAGUGGUUAUUCCAGCGUUGUUAACCAGUAUGUUGCUGGACCAAUCAAACCAGGAAGAAACGGGGGCCGAUCUGGGAUUUGGUUUGGAACUAAUUCUUGCCAAGUUGGAUGAAAUGAACCUCAGAAUCCUGAAUUUAGAACAACAACUAAUGAACCAAACCAUAGGUUGCCUAAAAACUCCAGCAGCAGAUCAACCAAAAGUAAGCACCAAAGUUAAACAAACAAGCACUUUUGAUGCGGCGGCUCCUCAGGAAUUUGAUGAAAGUGAAGUGUACAGGUCGUGCUCGGAGAUUCCGGACGGAAAGGCGGGGCAAUAUUUGCUGCGUCCUACGGACGACUCUAAGCCGUUCUACGCGGUUUGCGAUAAUACCUACGGAAUCGGUUGGAUGGUGAUACAGAAUCGUUUCAAUGGGUCGGAGAAUUUUUAUCGCAAGUGGAGUGACUACAAAAAUGGGUUCGGCAGUUUGGAGGGCGAAUUUUGGUAUGGUUUAGAUCGGAUUCAUCUGUUCACCAGCACCAGCCGACACGAGAUAAUGUUUGCGCUAACGGAUUCCGGUGGGAAAACUGCGAUCCCGAAGUUUAGUUCGUUUGCUAUUGGUAAUGAAACGGAACUGUAUAAAAUAAAGGAUUUGGGUUCAUUCACCGGCAGCGGUGGUGACUCAUUUUCGUAUCAUAGAGGAAUGAACUUUUCAACGCAUGAUCGUGAUAACGAUCUAUAUUCAAUGAAUUGCGCAAGAAAUUAUUACGGUGCAUGGUGGUAUAAAAAUUGCUAUCACAGCAAUUUGAACGGCCAGUACACUAGCGGCCAGUUUAAUCAAAAGUCCAUGUGUUGGAACUCAUUUCCGAAAGCGAAUACAGGUUUGCAGCGCUCCAAGAUCAUGAUACGCGAAGUUUGAGUCAUUAGGAAUGUCUCGACCUGCCUUGAACUUGCCGGAUGCCAUAUAAGGAGUGCGUCUUCCUUUUUCUUGAACACAGAGCCACCGUACCAGAACCGAAUCGAACAGGAGGCAUAAUAAAAU